AUGAAAGUAUCUAUACUCCCCUAUGUCCUCCUGGCCGCUGUGCCCUCCGCGCUCGCGCAGAACUGGACGUUCCUCGAGGGCCUCAUCAACACUCUCGAAGGCGCAGGCUGUACCACCCUCACAGGUGCCGCCUCCCAGCUCAACUCGAGCGACCAAGGGAAGUCGCUCCUCGCCACCCUCUCCAGCGGCGAGCCGUACGUCCUGUUUGCCCCGGACAACACAGCCUUCUCCAACGCCCCCUCGAACCUCACGUCUGACAUCACCGACCUGUUCGCAUACCAUGUCGUCAGCGGCAAUUUCAGCGGCGUCGCGACGACGUAUCCGAACGUCACCCUCGGUCGCACCUUCCUCAACGACACCCAGUAUGUACAGCUCGAGGGGAACAAGAGUCAAGUCCUUGCAUGGGCAAUCCGUUCCGAUGGCAAGACUCACGUGCUCAACCAAGUUAAUGACUCUACCGUAACUAAUACCACGACGUACGGCAAUGUCACCAUCAACGUUGUCAGCUCAGUCCUUGCCUACCCGGCCUCUUUCACCAAUUCGGUUCCCUACGUGAACUCUUCGCUCACGUCGCUGGAGUCUACGCUGACCAACGUCAGCGUGCCUUUCUACAACUCGAGUACGGGCUCUUUGAGCAACGCUUCAGUGCUUGAUGUCGUGAACAGCGGCUUGCGCGGCUUCACGUUAUUCGCGCCGAACAACUCUGCACUCGCGGCGAUUCAGAACGGCCUUGCUACCCUAGAAAGCAACACGAGUCUACUCCAGAUUAUCCUGGACAAUCAUUUGAUCAACGGCACAAGUGUGUACUCUCCAGAGCUUGUCGGACAGAGCUUCGUCUCUGCUGCCGGCGAGGCCCUCACGUUUGCCAUCAACGAGACCGGUCAGUACGUCACGAGCGGCAACACCACGGCACAGAUUGUGCAGCCGGACGUGCUUCUCAGGAACGGCGUCGUGCAUGUGAUCGACCGGGUGCUGGUCAACACGGAAGAGAACGCCAGCGCAGCGAGCUCCGCCGCUGCCUCUGCUACAUCCGCCGCUGCGCAUAGCACGACCGAGACACGUCCGAUUGGGUACUCGCAGACAGCUACGCUGGAUGGCGCUUCUGGCGCGGGUGCAUCGUCCACUUCCGCGAGCAAGAAGAGCUCGGCCACGAGCGUGUUGAUGGGCGCCACUAUUGGCCAGAUGGUCGCUGCGGGUCUGACGGCGCUUGGUAUCGCUGUGGGUGGGUUGAUGACCUUUGGGUAAGAUGACGGUGAAUUCGUGACCGGUGAGACUUUGUGUUCGGGGUCUAUAGUAGGAAAGCAGUAGGCGAGAUCGAUGUUCGUCUCUGAUGUACAGUACAUACUACAGCUUGUAUAAAUGGUAGUCUUUUCGGCAGCAGGUUG